CUAUUGACUACAUCAAAGGUUAUCCAUUUGAAAACACCAUUUUCCUCUGAACAGCGGCUAAUUGCUUCCUGAACAAUCCCAGGGUCUUUUGUAAAUACUCAGUGGGUAAAAUGAGUGACUCGAUGUCUCUCUCUUAAGACACUGGUGACCGAACAGGGCGGAAAGGUGGAGAAGCCAAGGAAAAGCAGUGAGGCAGAUGCCUCUGGGAGGAUGCAUGGAUAAUUUCUUAAGUGGCUGCAAGGAGGGAAGGUUUUUUUCUCCUUCCCGCUCGCCGCCGAGUGAUCUGCUGGUGCCAGUGGAUGCCGGUGCCGGCAGCGGUGUGGCGACACGGGGCUGUGAGGAAGGCUGGGUUGACUGGACUGGCCACGCCCACGAUGCCCUGAAUGCUGAGCGCAGAGGAAGCAGAGGAGAGUGUUUCCCAUUAGCUCCUCCUCCCUCCCCCAUCCCUUUAGUUUGGGUUUGUUUCUAUUUAUUUUGUGGCUGGGUUUGGGCAUGGCCUUGGCUGGAUGUGAGGCUGCUGCAAUGUGGCUCCUUUGGCUCAAGCACCACUUGUCCAUCCACAUUUGGACCUUGCUGCUCUUGGGGAGCACCUGGCUACCGCUGGCGGAAGGCAGCCCCAAAUCUCCCUUUAGGACUUUCCCGGUUACAGACUGGAGCUUGACACACUUGGUGGUCCAUAACAAGACUGGGGAGGUCUACGUGGGGGCUGUCAAUCGGAUCUACAAGCUCUCCAAUAACCUCACACUGCUGCGGACCCACGUGACGGGGCCCGUGGAGGACAAUGAGAAGUGUUACCCUCCGCCCAGCGUCCAGUCCUGCCCACACGGACUGGUUACGACCAACAACGUGAACAAACUGCUGCUGGUGGACUACUCGGGGAAUCGGCUGAUCGCCUGUGGCAGUGCCUCCCAGGGGAUUUGCCAGUUCCUGCGGCUGGACGACCUCUUCAAGUUGGGUGAGCCCCACCACCGCAAGGAGCACUACCUCUCCAGCGUCAACGAGUCGGGCACCAUGUCUGGUGUCAUCAUCGAGGUGCUGAACGGGCAGAACAAGCUCUUCAUUGGGACGCCCAUUGAUGGGAAGUCAGAGUACUUCCCCACUCUGUCCAGCCGCAAGCUGAUGGCCAACGAGGAGAACGCGGAGAUGUUUGGCUUUGUCUACCAGGAUGAGUUUGUCUCCUCGCAGCUCAAAAUCCCCUCGGAUACACUCUCCAAGUUCCCCACCUUUGACAUCUACUACAUCUACAGCUUCAGCAGCGAGCAGUUUGUUUACUACCUGACCCUGCAGCUGGACACCCAGCUGACCUCUCCCGACUCCACUGGAGAGCAGUUUUUCACCUCCAAGAUCGUCCGCCUCUGUGUGGAUGACCCCAAGUUCUACUCCUAUGUGGAAUUCCCCAUUGGCUGCGUGCAGGACGGCAUCGAGUACCGGCUGAUCCAGGACGCCUACCUGACCAAGCCUGGCAAGGCUUUGGCCAAGUACCUGGGCAUCUCAGAGCAGGAGGAUAUCCUCUUCACCAUCUUCUCCCAGGGCCAGAAAAAUAGGGUUAAGCCUCCCAAGGAGUCUGUGCUCUGCCUCUUCACGUUGAAGAAGAUCAAGGAUAAGAUCAAGGAGCGUAUCCAGUCAUGCUACAGAGGGGAAGGGAAACUCUCACUGCCCUGGCUCUUGAAUAAGGAGCUGGGCUGCAUCAACUCGCCGCUGCAGAUCGACGACAAUUUCUGUGGCCAGGAUUUUAACCAGCCACUGGGAGGGACUGUCACCAUCGAGGGGACCCCUCUGUUUGUGGAUAAGGAGGACGGGAUGACCUCGGUGGCUGCCUAUGACUACAGAGGACAAACCGUGGUCUUUGCGGGCACGCGGAGCGGGAGGAUCAAGAAGAUCCUCGUGGACUUGCCAGCUGAGAGGAAGCACCAAGCUCUGCAAUAUGAGAAUGUUGUGGCCCACGAAGGCAGCUCCAUCCUGCGGGACCUGGUGCUGAGCCCUGACCGUCAGCACAUCUACGCCAUGACUGAGAAACAGGUGACGCGUGUGCCGGUGGAGAGCUGUGAGCAGUACGAGAGCUGUGAGCUGUGCCUGGGCUCCCGGGACCCCCACUGCGGCUGGUGUGUCCUCCACAACAUCUGCUCCCGCAAGGACCGGUGCGAGCGGGCGGACGAGCCGCAGCGCUUCGCCUCGGAGCUGCAGCAGUGCGUGCAGCUCACCGUGCAGCCCAGCAACAUCUCCGUCACCAUGUCUGAGGUCCCGCUGGUCCUGCAGGCCUGGAACGUCCCAGACCUCUCGGCAGGAGUCAACUGCUCCUUUGAAGACUUCACCGAGUCAGAGAGCCGCAUUGAGGAUGGGAAGAUCUACUGCAGCUCUCCCUCUGCCAAGGAUGUCAUCCCCAUCACCAGGGGCCGCGGGGACAAGCGAGUGGUGAAGCUCUACCUGAAAUCCAAGGAGACGGGGAAGAAAUUUGCCUCUGUGGAUUUUGUUUUCUACAACUGCAGCGUCCAUCAGUCCUGCCUGUCGUGCGUGAACGGCUCCUUCCCCUGCCACUGGUGCAAGUACCGCCACAUCUGCACCCACAACGCUGCUGACUGCUCUUUCCUGGAGGGACGUGUCAAGCUUUCUGAGGACUGCCCUCAGAUCCUGCCUUCCACCCAGAUCUACAUCCCCGUGGGUGUGGUGAAGCCCAUCACGCUGACGGCCAAGAACCUGCCCCAGCCGCAGUCGGGGCAGCGCAACUACGAGUGCAUCUUCCACAUCCCCGGCAGCACCACGCGCGUCACCGCCCUGCGCUUCAACAGCACCAGCAUCCAGUGCCAGAACACCUCGUAUUUCUACGAAGGGAAUGACAUCAGUGACCUGCCCGUCAACUUGUCUGUGGUCUGGAAUGGGAACUUUGUCAUUGACAACCCCCAGAACAUCCAGGCCCACCUGUACAAGUGCUCGGCGCUGCGGGAGAGCUGCGGGCUGUGCCUCAAGGCCGACCCGCGCUUCGAGUGCGGCUGGUGCGUGUCGGAGCGGCGCUGCUCCCUGCGCCAGCACUGCCUGGCCUACGAGAACAGCUGGAUGCACGCCAGCAGCGGCAACAGCCGCUGCACCGACCCCAAGAUCACCAAGUUGUUCCCUGAGACUGGCCCCAGACAAGGAGGGACCCGUCUGACCAUCACUGGCGAGAACCUGGGCCUGAAGUUUGAGGAUGUCCGCUGGGGAGUCCGAGUGGGCAAAGUGGCGUGCAUCCCCAUCGAGAGCGAGUACAUCAGCGCCGAGCAGAUUGUGUGUGAAAUCGGAGAUGCCAGCCUGAGCAAGGUGCACGAGGCACGGGUAGAAGUGUGCAUCCGUGACUGCACGCCCAGCUACCGCGCCAUAUCCCCCAAGACCUUCACCUUUGUGAUGCCCACUUUUUCCCGUGUUGUCCCCGCCCGGGGCCCUCUCUCUGGUGGCACCUGGAUCGCCAUCGAAGGCACCCACCUCAAUGCUGGCAGCAACGUCUCCGUGACCAUCGGGGGACGGCCCUGUGCUUUUUCAUGGAGAAGCGCCCGUGAGAUUCGGUGCAGGACCCCCCCAGGGCACACCCCUGGCGGCUCCCCCAUCCUCAUCAACAUCAACCGAGCAGAGCUGAGCAACCCAGAGGUGAAGUACAACUACACAGAGGACCCCACCAUCCAGAAGAUUGAUCCUGAAUGGAGCAUCAACAGUGGUGGGACAUUGCUGACUGUGACUGGCACCAACCUGGCCACCAUCAAAGAGCCCAGGAUCCGGGCCAAGUACUGCAGCUCUGAAAGGGAGAAUAACUGCACUGUCUACAAUGACACCACCAUGGUGUGCUAUGCUCCCUCCAUUGACAACCCCGUGCGGAGCCCCCCGGAGCUCGGCGACCGCCCGGAUGAGAUCGGCUUUGUCAUGGAUAACGUCCAGGCCCUGCUGAUCAUCAACACCACCAACUUCGUCUACUACCCAGACCCUGUCUUUGAGCCACUCAGCCCCACAGGGAUGCUGGAGCUGAAGCCCAGCUCUCCCCUCAUCCUCAAGGGCAGGAACCUGCUCCCACCAGCUGCUGGUAACUCCCGCCUCAACUACACGGUGCUGAUCGGAGACACUCCCUGCACCCUCACGGUCUCUGAGACACAGCUCCUCUGCGAGUCCCCCAACCUCACUGGCCAGCACAAAGUCACAAUCAAGGCUGGAGGGUUUGAGUUCUCUCCGGGGACACUGCAGAUCUACUCAGACAGCCUGCUCACGCUGCCCGCCAUCAUCGGCAUCGGCGGCGGCGGCGGCCUGCUCCUCCUCAUCAUCAUCAUCGUCCUCAUCGCCUACAAGCGCAAGUCCCGGGAUGCUGACCGGACCCUGAAACGUCUCCAGCUGCAGAUGGACAACCUGGAGUCCCGGGUGGCCCUGGAGUGCAAAGAGGCCUUUGCUGAGCUGCAGACAGACAUCAACGAGCUGACCAACGACCUGGAUGGGGCUGGCAUCCCCUUUCUGGAUUACCGCACCUACGCCAUGCGGGUUCUCUUCCCGGGGAUAGAAGACCACCCUGUGCUGAAAGAGAUGGAGGUCCAGGCUAAUGUGGAGAAGUCCUUGACCCUCUUUGGUCAGCUCCUGAACAAGAAGCACUUCUUGCUGACCUUCAUCCGUACUCUGGAGGCCCAGCGGAGCUUCUCCAUGCGGGACCGCGGCAACGUGGCCUCGCUCAUCAUGACAGCGCUGCAGGGCGAGAUGGAGUAUGCCACAGGGGUGCUGAAACAGCUCCUCUCCGACCUGAUUGAGAAGAACUUGGAGAGCAAGAACCACCCCAAGCUGCUUUUGCGGAGAACGGAGUCGGUGGCAGAGAAGAUGCUGACAAAUUGGUUCACCUUUCUGCUGUACAAGUUUCUGAAGGAAUGUGCUGGGGAGCCACUCUUCAUGCUCUACUGUGCCAUCAAGCAGCAGAUGGAGAAGGGACCCAUUGAUGCCAUCACAGGAGAGGCUCGCUACUCCCUCAGUGAGGACAAGCUCAUCCGGCAGCAGAUCGACUACAAAAUGCUGACCCUCAACUGUGUGAACCCUGAGAAUGAGAAUGCCCCAGAGAUCCCUGUCAAGGUGCUGAACUGCGACACCAUCACGCAGGUGAAGGAGAAGCUGCUGGAUGCUGUCUACAAGGGUGUGCCCUAUUCCCAGAGACCCAAAGCUGGAGACAUGGACCUGGAGUGGCGGCAGGGCAGGAUGGCCCGCAUCAUACUGCAGGAUGAAGAUGUCACCACCAAGAUUGACAAUGACUGGAAGAGGCUGAACACCCUGGCCCACUACCAGGUGACAGAUGGCUCCUCGGUAGCCCUGGUGCCCAAGCAAAACUCAGCAUACAACAUCUCCAACUCCUCCACCUUCACCAAGUCCCUCAGCAGAUAUGAGAGCAUGCUGAGGACAGCCAGCAGCCCCGACAGCCUGCGCUCGCGGACCCCCAUGAUCACCCCCGACCUGGAGAGCGGCACAAAGCUCUGGCACCUGGUGAAGAACCACGACCACAUGGACCAGCGGGAGGGCGACCGGGGCAGCAAGAUGGUCUCCGAGAUCUACCUGACCCGUCUGCUGGCCACCAAGGGCACCCUGCAGAAAUUUGUGGAUGACCUGUUUGAGACCAUCUUUAGCACAGCUCACCGUGGGAGUGCACUGCCCCUCGCCAUCAAAUACAUGUUUGAUUUCCUGGAUGAACAAGCUGAUAAGCAUCAGAUCAAUGAUUAUGAUGUCAGGCACACCUGGAAGAGUAACUGUCUACCUCUACGUUUUUGGGUGAAUGUGAUUAAGAACCCCCAGUUUGUGUUCGACAUUCACAAGAACAGUAUUACUGAUGCCUGCCUAUCCGUGGUGGCUCAGACAUUCAUGGACUCCUGCUCAACUUCUGAGCACAAGCUAGGAAAGGACUCUCCCUCCAACAAACUACUGUAUGCCAAGGACAUCCCCAACUACAAGAGCUGGGUAGAAAGAUAUUAUGCAGAUAUAGCUAAAAUGCCAGCGAUCAGUGACCAGGACAUGAGUGCAUACCUGGCGGAGCAGUCACGGUUACACCUCAGCCAGUUCAACAGCAUGAGUGCCCUGCACGAGAUCUACUCCUACAUCACCAAGUACAAGGAUGAGAUUUUAGCUGCGCUGGAGAAGGAUGAGCAGGCCCGAAGGCAGCGGCUGCGGAGUAAGCUGGAGCAGGCGAUCGACACAAUGGCCUUAAGCAGCUGAGAAGGCGGCGGCGCCAGCGUCCGGCAGCGGGGCGGCAGGACGGACAGACGGACGGAUGGACAGAGGGAGGGAGGGAGGAAGGACCGGCCAGCGGCAGCCGCGGGCACAAGACUUUGGGGCUGGGAGCGGCCGGGCCCGCGCGAGCCGCCGCGCCUCCGCACGCUUCCCACGGACACACGGAGAAACCUCGCGCUUUAGCGGAACAAACCACGAACCCCGACGACGGCAGCGGCGUCAAUGGAACUCCCUGACCCACAGACAAACCCCCCGGUCCAAGCGGGAUGCAGCAGGGGCCUGGCAGAGAGGCCAUGCGGGCGGAGCAGAAGGGGAUCCUGCCCCACGGACCCUUGCCUGGGCAGAGCCCCUGAGCCCACGCGGAAGGAGGGUCGGGACCGCGGGGCUUUCUAGGAAGGCGUUUGGAUGUUGUUGUUACUUUGGUGAAGGGAGGGUGGGUGGGCUCCUAUUUUUACUGUACUUGACUUGCUCUCCCUUCCUUCCCCCCAGCUGUCCACCCCCUCUCCUCCUCCUCCUCUCUCUUUUUCUGUCUCUGCCCCCUUCUCUCUCUCUCUCUGGCCUUCUGCCACUAGUGUUAACUGCUAUAUUUGCACAAUUUACACGAGACAAACAAAAUUUUUAAUUUAAAGGGAAAAAAAUUAUAACAAAAAAUGGGAGGGGAAAAAAAUAUUCUGAAUUUUUUGCAACAAACUAACAAAAGCGAUUUUAAGAGAUAAGCUAAAGGACUGAUGCUGGGGAGAUUUGGGGUUGGGGCUUUAGGGGUGGGCAGGAAAGGGAGCUUUGAUAUUUCUAAAAUACGUCCUGUGCCAUGUUUUAUUUGAAUGUUGUUUAGUGCGAAAAAAAAAACUGAAGAAAAAAAAAAGUUGGGAGUUUUGUUAGCUGGAUAGAUGCUGUUAUUUUAAUGCUGCUGAGUGGUUUUGGAGGUCAAAAUCAGAGAGGAAGGGAGAAUCCCAAGGCUGGUUUUUCUUUUCCUGGGUGAUUGCUGAGGGAUGGUUGGUGUUUUGUUGAGCUUGUCCUUGUUUUCCCGGUUCGGUGGCCGUGGGGUGGUCUGGGCAGUGCUGCCUGCUCCUGCCUGUCCUGGGAUGAUGCGGGGUGGAGGAUGGCUGUGGGGCCUUGGGGGCUGUCAGGAGGGUUGUUGCAGAGCCAGCCUGGCUUUUUGUGUCGGAUUCUUUGGCACUGGAGCCGCCUUAACAAAGCCCCUUUAAGUUUAUUUUUCCCCAUCAUCUUUUUGUGCUGAUGCAGGGGAAGAGACCAGAUCCCCAGCGAAAGGGGAGGCAGCUCCUCUGCACUCCUGACUGGGAUCCCCCUGGCAAACCCCACUGGGUUCCCAUGCAGGGACUGGGAUUCUGGCUGCCAUGGGCUGUCACCUGCUCUUCCACCUGGGGAGCCCAAAUGUGUGCAGGACCUUCCACCCAAGACUGACCUUUCUUUCUCUGUCUUUUCCUUCUUUCUCCCCCUUUCUCUCCUCGCUGUCACCCCGUCUCCCCUCCGCUGCCUCUGCCCUGACAGGGCUUCGCUGGAGACCUGAGGUCUCUCCCUCAGCUUCCCCCUUGGAAAUGUCAGUUCCUUGUGGGUUUGUGCUUUCCAGAGAUGAAAAGGUGCUGAAUGCUGCCCUGAAUGGCAGCAGGUGACCAAAAACUUCCAAAAAAAAAAGAGCAAAACCCUUUCCUUUUCUGUACUGAGAGCUCCUGUCACUGCCCAGGCCACAGCACAUGGGGCCACACUCUGCCAGGAGCGGAUGGCUGUCAAAAUCCAAGUGGAGAGAAGCCCAGCUGAUUUCUGUCCAUUCCCUUAAAUUGCAAGUUAAGGGGGGGGAGAGGGAGAAAUAAUGAAGUUUUUAAUUAAAAAAAAAAAUAAUAAAAGUGUGUAUAUAUAUAUAUGUGGUUACAAUCUAAUUCUCGUGCCCCAGUGGGGUGCUGUAUAGUUAACUGAAGGAGAAUUGAACCAAUAUAAAAAUGAGAUGAAUU